AUGGCCCCGUCUUCUCCGGUGCGUGGCCAGAGGAGCGUGGUACUGCCAGACAGAUUUGGGUCUUCAAGUCUUGCCUCGGUGAGCCCGAGAAGACGGCGGCCUUCUUCCAUCUCAAGAAGAGAUGAGGAUUCUCAGGAUUCCUCCCCUCGCACCACGAGCGAUGCGGUGCUUCUUAGAUGCAGGGAUACUAUAGAAAGACUCCACAGCGAUGUGGAGGAAGAGCGCCAGAAGCGGACAAAGCUUCAGGAUCAUGUUGUGGCCUGUGAAAGCGAGUUGGCGGCCGCAAAAGUGGAUUUAGCCGACGAGCAGGUGAAAUGCCGCGAUGCUGAGUCUCGCUGCAGCCGCCUUGAGCGGCAGCUGACUGAAGCGGAGCAGCGACUGAAAUCCCAGAAGGAGUCAUUCGAGUUUGCUCAUUCACAAGUGCAGCAGUUGAAGUCGGAAUCUCUGCAGAAGGUGCAAGAGCAUUUUGCACAAGGCUUGAAGCUGACCGAACUGGAGAGCACGACGAAGCGUGCUGAAGCGCAGGCCGCGAGAGGACAGGAAGAAGUUGCCAGACUGACAGCCGAGUUGAAGGCUGCGCAGUCCAAAGUGGCAGACCUUGAAAGCGAAGCUGGGCGCUUGCAAGAAGCUGCGGAAAGCAAAGCAACGGAGGCAGCUCAAAUACUUCGCGUUGGCCAGGAGCACGAACAUCGUUCUCUGGCACUUCAGCGGGAGCUGGAGGACCUCCAAGCAGAAAAAGAGGCUGACAAGGCAGCCUUGGAAAACCAUCAGUUCGAACUGCAUGAGAUGGCGUUGCGGCAAGAGAGAUUACAUGCAGCCUGGAAAGAGCGUGAAGUGGAACUGCAGAGACUACAGCAGGAACGCGACGAAGCUCGAGAUGAGCUGGAAGCUUUGCAGCAUGAGAUGGAUUCGUCCAGCCAGCAGGCACGGCGCCUGGCAGAGGAGCACAGGGAGCUCCAAGGGAAGUUGAGCCGCGUGGAAGGUGAGGUCUCAAAGCUUCGACGGCAGGCCAUCCGCCUGCUUUGA